AGAGAGAAAGGAGCAUUGCAGUUGCAGCGUUCACUUGUCGGAUUUUCACCGCAUUGCGAAUUGAACUGAGGGGAAAGAAAAGAUACAAAAAAAAAAAUCUAAAUCUUCUUCAAGAAAAUAAUAAUUGAAAAAAACAAAAGAAAAGAAGAGAAAGACAUCUCCAGGCGAGCGGCGCCGCGCCUCGACAGCCCCCCCCCCCUCCCUUGGCCAUAAAAAGGAGCAGCACCUAAAAAUAAAAUAAAACUAUUAAUUAAAAAGAGAGAGAGAGAGAGAGAGAGAGAGAGAGAGAACCCCCUCCCGUAAUUAGGCAAAGUGGUGGGAGCGCAAGUGUCCAUUCGCCCGAAGAUGGUCGACCGCGAGCAGCUGGUGCAGAAAGCCAGGCUGGCCGAGCAGGCGGAGAGGUAUGACGACAUGGCGGCCGCCAUGAAAUCGGUAACAGAGCUGAACGAGGCUCUGUCCAACGAGGAACGCAACCUGCUGUCGGUGGCCUACAAGAACGUGGUGGGGGCCCGGCGCUCGUCGUGGCGCGUCAUCUCCAGCAUCGAGCAGAAGACGUCGGCCGACGGCAACGAGAAGAAGAUCGAGAUGGUGCGCGCCUACCGCGAGAAGAUCGAGAAGGAGCUGGAAGCCGUGUGUCAGGACGUCCUCAACCUUCUGGACCACUUCCUGAUCAAGAACUGUGGCGACACGCAGCACGAGAGCAAAGUCUUCUACCUGAAGAUGAAGGGCGACUACUACCGCUACCUGGCCGAGGUGGCCACGGGCGAGAAGCGCGCCGCCGUGGUGGAGUCGUCCGAGAAGGCCUACAACGAGGCGCACGAGAUCAGCAAGGAGCACAUGCAGCCCACCCACCCCAUCCGGCUGGGCCUGGCUCUCAACUACUCGGUCUUCUACUACGAGAUCCAGAACGCGCCGGAGCAGGCCUGCCACCUGGCCAAGACGGCCUUCGACGACGCCAUCGCCGAGCUGGAUACCCUCAACGAGGACUCGUACAAAGACUCCACGCUCAUCAUGCAGCUGCUGCGCGACAACUUGACUCUGUGGACGAGCGACCAGCAGGACGACGAAGGCGGGGAGGGCAACAACUAAAACCCCCGACGAGGAGAAGACGACGGAAAAGAAUCGUGGCAGGAAGAAAAUUAAAACAAAAAAAAAAUAAAAAAUGCCGGUGGACUUUGGCAGCCGCUUUUUGCCGAUCUUGCUCACGCAGCAGCCGUUGUUUAUUUUUCCAUGUGCGUUUCCAGAAAAGAACAGAGAGGCGAGCGCUAGUUUAAAAUCGACCUUUUCACCAUGACGUACUUCCGGGUGUCAUAAGCGCGUAAAACCAACGUGGCGGCGUCCGACCAAGGCCGAGCCGUUGCGAAAACGGGGCGGAUCGAUGGACUUUAGCCUUCGUCGUGAAUGUGCGAAGUGUCAGUCGAAAAGACGACGCGACGGGAGGUUGGACGGAGACAGAACGGCCGCCGUAAUUUCGCAUUUCCACAAAUCAAAAAGACAAAAAUGGAAAUUUAGACAUCACCAAGUGACUGACGAAAAUUCACUUCCUGGUCCUGGCACUAACGGGAUUGAUGUUCUCUUUUGAAAUUGUUAGCGCGUCGGCUACAUGCAGGCUAGCCAUUGUUUUUAACCAAGUUAGCUAAAAAAACCAAAAAACCUCCAACCACGCAUUUCAUACCCAAGUGUGGGAAAACGACUUUCACAAAUUCAGAUGGUGGCGGUUUGGUUCCCGGUCUGCCCCUUAGCAAUCGGCUACUCCACCUCUAUCCAGACGGUCUUGCCACCAUUUUUCUGGCAUUCACUCGAUUUAUCCUCAUCACCGACACGUUGCGCCGGAUAGAUUUUUAUUUGACGUGAUAAAUCCCAGAAAACUUUUUUGGACAGAUUUGGCGGCGCAACGCCAAACAAGUUUUUGUCACCGUUUUCAUUUCAGGUCAACGACGCUCACUUUCUUUCUGCCACCCGGAAGUACUCUGGUGGCGAUUGCUUACAAGCAUUAUGAAAAGGUCUAUAAAUGUAUGAAGUUGAAUCGAGAAUGAAGAGAGGAAUUUAUAGUUGAUUUCCUUUGCGCCAAAACACAACGCAGCCAAUCGGAGCCCGUCGUCGGGUAGAAACGGCGACGUUGCACUCCGAAUUGGUCUGUCCAGAUAUGCUGCUUACAUAUUUACGUUUUGUUAUUCUAUGUAUCACUUGUGCACCAUGACACUGCUUGGUUCCACUAAACGGCCCGUGGAGAGUUAUGACAAUUGGCCUAAAUUUGCAAUAAAAAUAAAUAAAUUGUUCCAGGACAUAGUCUCAACCCAGCUAGUGUGACGAACCAAAAGUGUUACAGUUGAGGAAUUAUGUGUAACAAAUUAAUAACAAUAAGGAAAAAAGGAAGUAAUUUUCCUAACAACAGUGAAAAUAAAUACAUAAAAUACGCUGGACACCUCAAGGAAGUAGUCACAACCCAGACAUUUCAUUCAUUUGCCCGACGAGACUGUCAAAUUCCAGGAAAUAGUUUUCACAUAUGAAGAGUUACAAAUCUCAUGAAUAAAAAGCAUCUCAGCCCCAUCUCUUCAAAAAAAUAAUAAAGGAAUCAUUUACCAGUCUGCUCCAAUCAAUCCCAACUUGGAUGUUUUACAAACGUGUUGCUAGGACACCGAUUAUCUCCAGAAAAUAGUCAAGCACCGAGAAAUAAGCGUAACCCCAUAUAGCUUGCAGACGUAGGCCAAUUCCAGGAAAUAGUCAUAGGAUGAAAAAGUAAAAAGGGCCAAUCAAUAAACUAGCCCAAAAUUGUCAUAAACUAUUAACAGUAUUGCUUUAAAAAAAAAAAAAACUCCUAAAAUAGCACAUGCUAUUCUACUUCCUUUCACAUUAAUUCUUUUCACAGGAAAAAAAGAUAAAAACAUUAAAAAAAAAUGGAAUAACAAAGCAGCUUUGUGGUUUAUUUUAUGAAAUGCACUUGCCUACUACUACUACUACUAUUACUAGUACUACUACUACUAAUAAACUGUUUCUUCAGUGUACAAUGAUGAUGAUCAUGCUGACAAAGAAUUAUUAUUAUGAUAAUAUUCAAUAUUGUGCAUGCUGGUGAUGUAUUUCUAUACGGUAGCUUGACUUGAUUCACUUACUGUAUACUGUGGGUGUUAAGUAUUUAUAUGACUGAAAAAAAAAAGCAUCCUUAUGUCUAAUUUAUUUGUUUUUUUUAAAUAAUUAUUUUCUCUACUGUAAAAAAAAAAAAAAUUGUACUGGCUGUUGCUUUAGUGACAUGCGAUAUAUGUAUUUAAUUUGUUAAAAAAAUGGGGAAAAAAAGGAAAAAAAAAUAAUGCUUGAACAUCACCAGUGCUCACUCUCGAUGUCGCCAGCUGGUGUUUGUCACAUGGAUGAAAAAAAACAGUAUUUAAUAAUUUUCAUUAUUUAUGGAUUAUUUCUGCAAUUUGCCAAAUGUGUUUGGACCACAUUGUUGGAAUGGAUUUUUUUUGAUACCUUCUCUCUCUCUCUCUCUCUCUCUCUCUCUCUGUCUCUCCAGCUGUUUUCCCGAGUGAUGACGACAAAAAAUAUCUUGAAUGUGAGUCAUGAUGUAGCAGUUGCACAAGAAACAAAAAUAUUAGCUAUGAUGAUCUUAGGAGUAAUAAUUAAAGAAAAACUAUGA